AGUUUUUUAAAAGGACAAAGUUGAUCAGCUGCUAUGGAGCAUGUCUUCACUCCGCUGCAGUGCCUGCUUGCCAAAGAAAAUGUGAAGAUUUGUCUUCUAAUUCUUAACCAGCCUUUGGACAGAGGUCAUUUCCAUCACCUGUGGAGCAGAGCUGUUCUGAGAGCGUGUGCCGACGGAGGUGCUAAUCGCCUGUAUCAUAUCACAGAAGGAAGCCAUGAGAGAUUUUUGCCUGAUUACAUCAGUGGAGAUUUCGACUCUAUUAGACCUGAAGUAAAAGAAUAUUAUAAGGGGCAGGGUUGUGAGUUCAUAGAGACACCAGAUCAAGACUUAACUGAUUUCACCAAGUGCCUUCAGAUACUCCAGCAGAAGAUAGAGGAGAAAGGGCUGCAGAUCGAUACAAUUGUGACACUGGGCGGACUCGGAGGUCGCUUUGACCAAACCAUGGCAUCUGUGGAGACUCUGUUUCAUGCCACAAAGAUAACCCCCCUUCCUGUCGUAGUUAUUCAGGAACAUUCGCUGAUCUACCUACUUCAACCUGGAAAGCACAAACUCCACGUGAACACUGGUCUGGAGGGCAAGUGGUGCGGUCUCAUUCCUGUUGGGAGCGCUUGCAGUGACGUCACCACAACAGGGCUAAAAUGGAACCUCAAGGAAAGCGUUCUCGAGUUUGGGACCCUGGUCAGCACUUCAAACACCUACGACGGAUCCGGCGUCGUGACAGUCAAGACGGACAAGCCUUUGCUCUGGACGAUGGGCAUCAAAGAGGGCGCGUGGAAUGCUCCUCCUACCCAAUUAGGUGCAGCCGUGUGACCUUCAACAACAAGAUGCUCGAUACAGGGGUUCAGAAUUUUACGCUUUGAACUUUUUCAUGCCGCUUCAGUCUCUAGAAUUGCAGGGAGCUUAUGAAUGGCUUGGGUUUUGAAGCAAUGGUAAAAAAAAAGUAUUUUUAAAAAAUCUGUAAAUAGAAAUUUUUGUAU